UAUACUGCAGUGUAACCUUUAUUCAAAUCGAAAGUAGGACAUUUUGCAAAACGUAAACAUAAUUGAGUCACUGCCUUCUUACUUGAUCGACUGAAAAGUGAUCAAUCGAAUUGUAUGAAAGACAAACAUGAGUGAUUAUGUAAAGAACACGUUUUACAAGACCUUGUCGAAGCGUCUCUCUUCAGUGCUCGAGGAUAUAGGAGUAAGUGAAGCAACCGUACUUGCAAGAAGAGAGUCGUUCUUGUUGAGAGAAACGAAUAUUACCAUAAAAAACACUAUCAAUGGCCAGACCGGUAGGUACUACCAUUUUGGCAGUCAGUCGGAGGGAACUACGACACCAGGACUCCAGUCUGACAUGGAUCUUCUUGUUUGUAAUAACAGUGUGCAUGUAAUGAUUUCUUUGGGAGACUGGCGGAAAGGGAUGGAGAAUGUAUUAAUGGUGAAAGAGGAUGAUAUGAAUCCUCAGCAGUAUCUUCUUCAAAUAAUAUCUCCUAAUUGUGCUUCACCAGAAACAGAAUUAUACGAUGAGUUAUCAGAAUGUUAUAAAGAACGUAUAGUUCUCAGUUCAGGAAGGUGCAUUGCAAAGGCCAUGGGCAGGUACAACAAUAUAUCGGGGAGCUCAAAUAACGCUGGACCUUCUGCGAGUUGGUCGAAGGAUGUGGACGUUGUCCAGGCACUUGGAGUAUCUGGUUCGUUGCAAGAAGUUACCAAGUGGAUUGAUAGGAUACGACCUGGACAUUGGCCAACAAAGGAAUUGCUUUCAGAAGCUCGGGACUGCAUGUGCUUUCUUGUACCAGUUGGACAUCCUUUCAGCAAAACGAAACAUAUAGAAUGGAGACUCUCUCCAAAUCUCAUCGAGCGAAAUCUUAUGUUUAAUCUGAAUGUUACUCAAAUUAAGUGUUACAUUGUUUUAAAGAUGAUAAAGAAAAGUUUAUUUAACAGCGUAGUCGAUGACGGAAUCACAAGUUUUCAUUGUAAAACAGUUUUAUUUUAUACGCUUGAGAGGACCCCUUUACAUUUUUGGAAAGAACAAAACUUAGCAUUCUUGGUGAAACAAUGUUUACAUACACUGAAACGAAUGUUGAAGAUUGGUUUAUGUCCACAUUAUAUCAUAAGUGGUGUCAAUCUUUUUGAAGGGAAACUGUCUCGCGUUCAAUGUCGAAAGUUACACACAUAUGUUAUGAAGUUGCUACGAAAUGAUCUAGACGAAUUAGUAAAAAUCGGCAUAGACAAUUUGGGUGAUAGAUUAAUGUCAUUCGAGAAGAUCCGGUGUGAUUUUGGAUUAUCCCGUGACAUGCUUAAUGCAUGCAUUCUUAAGAAGCUUGAUUAUGAUAGAAUAUCAUAUCGGUUCUAUUCUACAAACAGCCUCUUCGAAUUCAGAAACAAACCAGUAAAUGUGGUGUUGCAUGAAUUAGUCGUAGCCCUUCAUGCCCUUAUGGCAUACCGUAAUGGAAGUGCACUAGAAUCACGAGUAUCUAGCGAAAUAUUUCGAGAUUUAUUAAUCUCGAUAGCAAGUGUGCAAUCAUCAAUAUGUAUAGAAAAUGUUACACCUUUAUUACCAUGCAUUUUAGAAUGUUUUAAAAUCGGAUUACAAACUGACGUAGCAUCAUCGCGACUAAAGCUUGCUUCCAUCUUGCUGUGUUCAGGUCAUUUGGAUUCAGCAGCUUACGUCCUGAAAGACGUUAAAAGGAGAAUGAGUCUUAAAGGCGCAAAAUUUAUUUGCAGAUGCAGAAGAGGACAUGAGGAAGACAAAACACUGCUUGGAUUUGCUCGAUUCACGCCUUUGAGCGAUACAAAUAUUGUACUCUGUGUGCGAUUUUCCAGACAGGAACUACACUGCGUGCCUCCUAUACUUCUUUUUGAAAUGAAAAGAGGAAUUACUGAAGAUGACAUCAAAGAAAGAAAUUUGGGCAAAAAUAUUUACAUGGAAGAUGCAAGUGUUGAUGCAGGAGUGUUCCUCUAUUAUCUUCAAUACCUCACUUAUGGUGGUCUGAAAAAUAGAGAGCAAACGGAAAUGGCAUACGUGGCGUUACAAGAAUAUAUUAUUGAGCAUGAGCAAGAUAUGUAUCAUACUGAGACAGGCUUGAAUCUGCUCGGCCAUUGCGCAGAGAUGGAAUGUGACUUUGAGAUGGCAGCUGAUAUGUUUAGGAAGUCCGUCGAAAUAUUCCCAACUAAUAACGCAGCACACUGGCACAUAUUGAGAUGCAGUGAUAGAUACUCUCUCUAAUUAAAUAUCAAAUUUGAAUUUUAUAAAACACAGUGUGAUGAGUCGGCAGAGAAUUGUGCUGAACGUUUUAGGCAUUUCAUUUGAUCGAUACUUCGAAGCGUUGACCUCACGCGAAUGAAUAACGGAAACACAUGUUAUAAGAUAUACAAGCAUCAACAUCAGCGUUGUGAAAUUUCAUCCUGUAAAUAUACCAGAUAUUUUGAAAAGCCGUACACGAGUGGGAACCACAAAGAAUCUUAAGUUUUAUAGUAAAAGCAAUAUUUUACUUAAAUUUAAGCCGUAUAUAAGUGGAAAAUAAAAAUAUCAAACAUUAUUUGUAUUCUUGAAGACUUAAGUGUAUUUUGAGGAAGACAAUCUUAAAUAUAAUUUGAUAUGAAAUAAAAUUGUGAGCAUGUUAUACGUUAAGAAGGAUUCCCCGAUGUUAUUUAUAGUGCCAUAAAUGAUGACAAAUACCGCGUGAACACUUAAAGCAACACACCCAUUGUCAUUUCGCAGUGGAACUGUUAAAGAGUGGUCUCCAAACUUUAGUAAGAAUGACAAUUUAUUGUUAGUUGAUAUAAUGGGUGAGCGCAGUUGCGGAAUUUUCGCGUCACACAUUUCAAGCUCACACAUUUUAAACAGUAAAGCAUGUAUGUUAGCCAUGGGAGCAGUUAUCGUCCAUAUUUGCAGUCCCAAUCUUUAAUUUUUCUGAUUACAGUUUAAGAUGAAAAUAAUGUGGUAACAUAAAUUUGCUUGCGGAAAAAUAUUACAUUUAUUCAUUUAUUUGGUUAGUUUUACCGGAUAUAAAUAUUUCACAGAAAGUACAUAGGUUAAAUAAAUGAAAGAUUUAUUUUCAAGCCAUUACCAAACAGUCGAAAAGGAUGAUGUGACAUCGGGUACAAAAACAAUUUUACAAGACAGCAGAGCAUCCAAGAAGUGCUGAGAAAUUGUUUAUAAAAAGAAAAUCCGGGUGCAUACGCAUCGAGACACUCCGAAUAUGAAUUAAGAAGACAUCUGAUAUGUUAUUUUACUGAUUGUAAAUAGCUUAAUAAAUGGUUCUUAAUCA